UUGAGCGAUGAACUUGUUGAAAUUUAUUUUUGCCGCACUUGCGCUGCUUCUAAUCUUUGCUUUGGAAGCUUCGGCAGCGCCCGCCACGUCAACUGCAGUGCAAACUGCUGGAGAAGCUAGAGGAACUGUCACAGGUGGAUGUUUUGUGGACGCCUGGAAUGGUUUCAAGCAUAAAUAUAAAAAGAAUUACAAUUCAGAUGUCGAAGAGCAACGACGACGCAGAAUCUUUUGCAGAAAUGUGCAAGAGAUAGUGAAACACAAUUCGGAAUUCAGGGCUCAAAAGCAAAGCUAUGCCAAAGGCAUAAAUGAAUUUGCGGAUCUAACUUCAGCUGAGUGGGAAGCCAUGUAUUUAAUGUAAAUAAAACAAAGCCAAGUCUAAAAACACUGUUUUAUUCAGUAAGCGCUUAAGAACUAAGCCAACAAUAUGAAAAUGCAUAAAUUCGUAUGUAAGUG